AUGGGAGACCAUGAUUCCGCACAACUCGCAAAACUGAUGGAAUUGAUUCAAGAGAUGCACGCAAAGAUGGAUUCAAUGUUCCGAAAGUGGGAGCCACAAAAGGGAAAACCCGCAAGGGUCGAUCAAGCUCUAGGGCCAACCGUCAAAUUCACCGUAGAAGAGCUUUUCGAUGUACCUGAGCUGAAGCAACCGAAGCCAACUGUUGAAAUAUUGGUGGUAUCAACUGUCGUUCAAGUCAUGGAGUCAAACAAAAAUCCAGAGAAGACAGAGACAUCGUUUGUGGCUGAGCCAAAACAACCAGAGCCACAAAUCAGAGACCAACAACAGAAGAUCAGUAAAAAGGGACUUGUUCCUUCCUACGAUGAUCUUUCCCAAGUUGACAUCAAUCAUGUUAUAUCCCAUGAUGUCUCGUUGGUGGGUCAUGUCUUCGCCAAUGAUUUGUUAAGGUUCUACAUAAAGAGAACCACUGCUGAAACUUGUGGGAAGAUUUGUGAAAGCUAUUCGAUGCAUAUUCAGAAUUGGAGCUUGAGGACAAGCUCCGAGUGA